UUAUUAUGAAAGUCACACCCGGAUGUGCUGUGACUAAUUUCUGGGUUUUUGAGGCAACAUGGCGAGCACCGGUGGAGUGGCUGUGGAUGGAGACCUAAUGCGACACGCAGAAUACUCUCCAAAAACGAGCGUGAGGAGUGACGCGGAGAUAGACAGGCAGCUGGGACGGACAUUGAUUGCAGUAGGUCUUGGUGUGGCUGCAGCAGGGUUUGCAGGCCGAUAUGCAUUCCACCUUUGGAAACCUCUUGGACAAGUCUUCUCUGAUACUGUCAAGAAGAUGCCUGCAUCAGCUUUUUCAUCAUACUACAAAGGAGGUUUUGAGCAGAAGAUGUCCAAACGAGAGGCCAGCCUCAUUCUGGGCAUCAGCCCAGCCAGCACUAAAGCCAAGAUACGAGAGGCCCAUCUGCGGAUUAUGGUCUUGAACCAUCCAGAUAAAGGCGGGUCACCGUAUCUCGCUGCUAAGAUCAACGAGGCCAAAGACCUGUUGGACAAAGAGACCCGCCGAUGACACAUGCUGUCAAUGAGCACUUUAAAGACUUCAUCACUCUCUCACCUUCAUAGUACUGCUCUAUCUGAAUCAACAUCAGUACCAUACAGGGGAAUCCACUCAGGUUCAGGAAGAUGGUGACGAAGAUGCAUAAUGGAGCUGUCAGAUUAACUUAUGUUUAACUGAAUUUGUCAAGUUUAUGAUCAUAAGGUUAAUAACUUCAUAUAAACAUACAAGUGAUGUGUUGCAUUUGAAGGAAUGGGUUUGAAAGGAUAUCAGUGGAACUGCACUGCUGCUGGCUGUGUAAAGCAUUUUGUUAUGUAAAUUUGUCAGCAUGUAAGAGACUGAAUAAUGAUCUAUUUAAGCAACAGCAGAGUAAUAGAUUCCAGUGUUCUCAUAUUUAGAUAGUGUUUUAAUGUGGAAGUUAUAAAAUAAACUUCAUUUGUAAACAUG